AUGCUUCGACCUGUGGAGAGCGCACCACAUGUACACUCUGUACUUGGAGCGAAUCGGGGGACGAUCGGGCACAGCUCCGCAUUUUCAUGUUUACUUAAAAACAAUUUUCGACUGUUUUUAUCUAGCAAAGUUUAGAAAUCAUAGAGAAACAUGAAGAAGACCUGCGUGAAGACGUUUUGUAGUAGCUAAGAUGACUGCCAUGACAAUUCAGUGAGAGGAGAGGAUGCCAACUGAAGUGUUCGCUGCUCGCUGAAAAGGAGAAGAGUGCUUAUCGUAAAGAGAGGAGAGCAAGAAAGAAGAAAGGAAGGAGGAGGAAAGAAGAGAUAAGACGAGAGGGACAGGCAGAGGAGCGAGGGAAGGGGAAAGGGCAAGAAAGUGACGGAUAAGCGGUGGAUGGAGGCAGCUUGGACCGGGACUACGGAGCACUCUUCACUGACGAAGAAGAACAGCAGCAGCAGGACGGAGAGGAGAUGGAGGCAAAAGGCAGAAAUGUGCCCCCAGAUAUUAGCUUCCUUCCCCGGCCAGCAAUGGUGUGGUGUGAGCGAGGCAUCCAGGUGCUGCUGACCACCAUGGGGGCAUUUGCAGCGUUCGCCCUCAUGACUGUGGCCAUCGGUACAGACUACUGGCUGUACGCCCGAGCCUUCAUCUGCAACAGCACUGCCAACUCAUCCCAGGAUGACUCAAACAAUAAGGACAAGAAAGAUCCUGGGGCUCUGACCCACUCCGGCCUCUGGAGGAUCUGCUGCCUGGAAGGCUUGAAGCAAGGUGUCUGUUCCCAGAUCAAUCAUUUCCCAGACGACGCAGACUACGACCAGGAUGCUGCAGAGUAUUUGCUGCGAGUGGUGCGAGCGUCCAGCAUCUUCCCCAUCCUCAGUGCCAUACUGCUCCUGCUGGGUGGGGUGUGUGUUGCUUCCAGUGGCUUCUACAAGAGCAAAAGGAACAUCGUUCUGGGUGGAGGGAUUCUCUUUGUAGCUGCAGGCCUCAGCAACAUCAUCGGAGUGAUUGUGUACAUCUCAGCUGCACUGAGUGACAUCUCUCCUAAGAAAGAUGAGGAUAAGAAGUGGCACUACUCCUACGGCUGGUCCUUCUACUUCGGCGGCCUGUCCUUCAUCCUGGCUGAGAUGGUGGGUGUCCUCGCCGUCAAUAUCUACAUUGAGAAGAACAAGGAGCUGCGCUGUCGCUCUCGCACCGACCUCUUCAAGAGCACCACACACGCCGUGCUGCGGCUGCCCAGCUAUCGUUUCAGGCGGCGCUCUCGCUCCAGCUCACGCUCCACUGAGCCGCCACGUUCGCAGGAGACCUCACCCGUCGGCACCUCCAAGACCUUCAGCUUGCCCCCCUCCGCCCCGCCAUUCUCCGUGGCCACUCUGCCGAACCCACACCACACCAGCAGUGGAAGCGGCGGAGGUGGCGACAUCUCCAUGUAUACCCUGUCAAGGGACUCCAAGCUGGGCAGUCUGGGCGGCGGUGCCCCACCCCUCUACGGCACGGUGGACCGCGCCACGCUGUACCAGCUCCAUAACUACUUCCCAAAAGAUUCCAGCGGCAGUGGUGGAGGAGGAGGGGGAGCAGCGAUAAGCAGCAGUACACUGCCAUCUCACUCCAAGUCCAACCUGGCAGCGGCAGCAGCUGUAGCCCAGAAAACAGCACCGGUGAACACCUCCACGUCAGACGCCACACCGACCCAGCCAGCCCCGAUAUCCACAGCCACCAUGGAGAGGGACAGGGGCAACGUGGGAACCCUGGACCGACUGACAGCCAAAAGAGACAGGGAUAGCAACUCAGAUACACUUAACAGGAAAACGACGCCAGUUUAAAACCUCAGAGAGGAGGGAUAAAGGGUGGGGGUACGGAAAAGAGGCGUGAUUAAUAUCUGAGUUGUAAGAGUAUGGGAUACGUCACCAGUAAUGAGCCAUGAGCCUGUGGUAUCUAGCUGCCAUAAUGACUGUACCAAUAUCAUAAACAGUCAUAAAACACCUGACAUGUGCACGUUCGUGGCAACUGCCUUAAAAAUGGUCAUUACUUUUGCUCCAGCAGUGGUGCAGUGGGGGCUGCAGGGAAAUUUUCUUUUUCACAUUUAAUUUCAGCAUCACUCUGAUUCACAAGUUUAAAAAAAAUCGUGCAUGUGCACAGCCUCAGUGCAGUACCCGGAGGUUAAUUGCCUUGCUGGAAAGGCAGGGGAGCUCAUUCGUUAUUUUUCUAUCACUGUGUUGAUUGAGGCUCCUUCAAGGACUCAAACCAUAAAUUCACCAGUCACAAGAUGUCCAGGUUGAAACUGGGCUCAAUCUUGUUAGUUUUUACAAAGACCUGCAAAAUGUUGAACCAUGUUUUCACUUCCAAACCACCAAAUCAAUGUUUCCUGUUCUGAACACUUUCAAACAUCCUAAUAAUUACAUAAAAAGCAGCAGAUGGUGAAGGAAACACUUCUCUGUUACAUCUCUGUUUUGAAAGGAACACAGAUCCACAGAUGGGUAGAUUCAGCCAAGUACCAGGCUGCUCGGUGACAACUGGUCUGCCAGUCCAAGGUCAGCAGUAGCUACUUAACCUCUGGUGCCAUGUGUGUAAACUCAUCCACAUGACACACAUGCAGCAGGAGAGCCUGACGCACUGUGAGCCCAUUUAUUUUUCAUCAGGUGUCAGAGGUAAUUGCAGUGACAGAUGGCAUUAGAGAAAGGAACAGCCAUCGACUUUAGGCUUCACCCUGAACGCCUCCAUUACACCACUGCCAGUUGUCACAGAUUGGUUAAACACUGCGACAAAUGUCCAUCUGAACAAGUAACUUCCUGAAUCUUUCUACAAAUGGGUGAAAUAUUGGCCUAAUUCUGAGCAAAUGGAAGUCGACUGCUCUUGUUUUAAGAUGAUCUCAAGUGUUGUUCCAAGACAAAUGGCUCUGGAGACAAAAAAGCUUUCAGUACUUUAGUUAACCUACAGUAUGUAAGUUUCUUUAUAUAUAUUUUUGUUGUAGAAAUCUGCUCCAAAACAUGUCUCAGUGUGGAGGGGAGCUGUCGAAGCCUCCUGUGACCCAGACUCAUUGAGCAAUGGCAGCAUUGCAGAGAUUUUGGCUUUUAAAAGGUUUUGAGCAGGAUUAACUUCUCUAAUCAAUCAGAGAUUCUCACUUUCUACAAAUAUGUGAAGAGCUGGGCGGAGAGUGGCGGGUUGUCGUAGAGCAGAGUGGAGCAUGGCGAGGGAGCGCUGGGCAGAGCAGAGUGGGUUGGUUUGGAGGUUCAUGCUAGCGCAGCCUUAAGUUACAUACUUUAAUUUUAGAUCUUUUAUUGAGACUUCAGUGCUUUUUUUUAAAGUCCAGUAACUAAAGGCCGUCAGUUUUGGAUGAUUCAAAAAACCCUCGGUUACACUCGAUGACAGCAAAAGAGAAACAGACAGACAGAAGUGUUGCUAAAUGCACAUCCAAAGUCAAUGGAAGUACUUGUAAACAAGGACCUUUUGCCCUUUAUGGGAUGUUUAUCUGCCUAAAACUGAUUUCAGGACUUCUAUGACUGUUUAUUCGAUACUGGGAGAUAUGAGGCGGCGUCCAUUGAGUGUUCCUACAAAGGGCUGCAUCCACAGGUUACGGGGUGGGGGUCGCUUCAGUUAACACUCAGGGGGUGGAGAUUACAAAAGAACUUGGAUCAAAAGCUAAAAGUAAGUUAAUGUGAAACAUCAACUAUUAAAGUAAAAACACUAAAGCACAUGAUAAACUCUGAAGUUCUAUUAAGAUCAUUUGUAACAAACAGUCAGAUUUUGGUAUUUUUUCUGAUGAAAUGUUGUCAGAGAUAGUUGGAGGACGUAGUCCAGAACAUUUUGGACUGAAACCCUUCACCUGUUCUAAAUCUGACUAUUGGCGUUUGAAAAUAAAUUC